CGGAAAUGUAUCUCGAGGUUCAUUUCGAAGCAGACAGCUGUAACCAACCUCAGCUGAGCUGAACAUUUGUCAACAAUAGUUUAAUUAGACCAAACGAAUUGAAGCGUUACCUGGUAUAAGAGACCUUUGCCGAAUAUAAUUCGGCCUUUGUGUAUUUUUCAAGCUGCCAUCAUUAGCAUUUUAGAACAUUGUCAAAAUGAAUGUGACACUUGCUGUCAAGCAGUAUAUCUCCAAAAUGAUAGAAAACAGCGGACCAGGGAUGAAGGUUCUGCUCAUGGAUAAAGAGACGACCAGCAUCGUCAGUGUGGUCUACACUCAAUCUGAGAUACUACAGAAGGAGGUCUACCUGUUCGAAAGAAUCGACUCACAGAAUCGAGACAACAUGAAGCACCUCAAAGCCAUCUGCUUCCUCAGGCCAACCAAGGAGAAUGUGGAAAAUCUGAUACAGGAGCUCCGGCGACCCAAGUACAGUGUCUACUUCAUCUACUUCAGCAACGUCAUCAGUAAGAGUGAGAUAAAAGCCCUGGCCGAGGCGGAUGAACAGGAGGUGGUCGCAGAAGUGCAGGAGUUCUAUGGAGACUUCAUUGCUGUGAACCCACACCUUUUCUCCCUCAACCUCAGUGGUGUGGCAAGGGGUCGUAGCUGGGAGCCAACUCUCCUGCCACGUACCACCCAGGGUCUGACCUCGGUGCUGCUGGCCCUGAAAAAAUGUCCCAUGAUCCGCUACCAGCUGUCCUCAGACAUGGCCAAGCGACUGGGAGAGAGCGUGAAGCAAAUAAUCACCAAGGAGUAUGAGCUGUUUGACUUCAGGAAGACAGAGGUGCCUCCUCUCCUGCUCAUCUUGGACCGCAGCGAUGACGCCAUCACCCCACUACUCAACCAGUGGACGUACCAGGCCAUGGUGCACGAGCUGCUUGGCCUCAACAACAACCGCAUUGACCUGUCCAGAGUCCCAGGGAUCAGCAAGGACCUGAAGGAGGUGGUGCUAUCUGCAGAGAAUGAUGAGUUCUAUGCCAAUAAUCUGUACCUGAACUUUGGAGAGAUUGGCACAAACAUCAAGAACCUGAUGGAGGACUUUCAGAAGAAGAAGCCCAAGGAGCAACAGAAGCUGGAGUCCAUCUCUGAUAUGAAAGCGUUUGUAGACAACUACCCCCAGUUCAAAAAGAUGUCGGGUACAGUGUCGAAGCACGUGACUGUGGUGGGCGAGCUGUCUCGCCUGGUGAGCGAGAGGCACCUGAUGGAGGUGUCAGAGCUGGAGCAGGAGCUGGCCUGCCAGAAUGACCACUCAAGCGCAUCACAGAAUGUGCGUCGGCUGCUGCAGAACCCGCGGGUGAGCGAGAUGGACGCGGUUCGCCUGGUGAUGCUGUACGCACUGCGCUACGAGAGACACAGUAGCAGCAUCCUGCCGGGCCUCAUGGAGGAGCUCAACAGGAAGGGCGUGUCAGAGAAGCAUUGCAGGAUGGUAACGUCCAUGGUGGAGUAUGGAGGGAAGAGGGUGAGAGGAAGUGACCUCGUCAACCCCCAAGAUGCAGUCGCCAUCACCAAACAGUUCUUCAAGGGGCUGAAGGGAGUUGAGAAUGUAUACACGCAGCAUGCACCGUUACUGCAGGAGACCUUGGACCAGCUGAUUAAGGGGCGGCUGAAGGACAGUCAUUUCCCCUACUUAGGACCCAGCUCCCUUAGAGACAGGCCACAGGAUAUCAUAGUCUUUGUCAUCGGAGGGGCCACCUAUGAGGAGGCACUGGCGAUCUAUAACCUGAACCGCACCGUGCCUGGGGUUCGGAUCGUACUGGGCGGCACCACCAUCCACAACACCAAGAGCUUCCUGGAGGAGGUGACAUUGACGGCGGCUGCAGGCCAGGCCGAGAGGCUGCAGAGGGCGGGUGGUCAUCCAAACAGACGCUGAAUGUUUGUCGCCCCCCCCUCCACACACACACUCUCACGAUAUCUUGUGUCCGUUCCCUAUUGGUAUCACUAGCCCAUGCUUUAGUUCAUGAAGGUGUCCCACUAAAAACAUUCCAGUGUGUUCAGCUGUCACCACCACACUGCUGGACUCUUUAUCAACCCCUUAAAAACUUGUUGUAACUGGGGCAAUUAACUCCAACCAAAUGAACAUGUAACUCAAUUAGACAGUCAGGUUACCUAACCCUGGGAACUAAAACAAUCUGUUCCCCCACUUAACUAGGUUACCGAGUGGCUGACUUGUGACUGAACGGAACACUCUCAAUGUUGGUGUCUAACAUUUGAACCUAUUGCAAUGUCACAUUUCCAUCUUAAAUUGAAGUAGAAAACUCCAGUCUUAUAUUAGACCCUUAUUUAAUUACUGAAAACAGAAGUGACACGACCUUUGAGUCUUGUUUAUUUUAAAAGUGAAUAUAUGGGCCCAAAAAUGUAUAACAUUUCUCUCUAAGAUUACAAUAUGUACCGUGUAUGUUUUUCUUCUUUGCCUAUGUACAUUUCCACAUGCUAUGUACAUGUUGUUCAAACAUACUGCUUUUGAAAUGAGUGUGAAUAUUUUCAAGAAAAUACCAAUAAAGAGUGAAAUGUUGUGUCCCUCA